CUUAGUUCAGUAUUCUUUUUAACUCAUUACGACUAUGGCUGUUAUGAAAUCAACAAGUUUAUUUCUCUUCUUCUUGUGCAUCGUAUGUUUAAAAGCACUUCCACUAACGGAUUCUGGCGAAAAAACAACUGAAGUCGUUCUACAGGCUUCAGCAGCAGCAGACACCAAGGUUGAUGACGUUGCUGCAGAAGACACAGAUAAUAAUGCGAUUACUGAAUCGUCACCUGAACAACUUCCUUCUGGUGAACCUCCAAGUGAACUUCCAACAGAUGAUGAUACAGAAUCCACAAAAGCUUCAUUAGAACCAGAGCAACCUGAACAAACUGAAGCUUCUACUGCUUUAGCUGAUGACGAUUCAAGUAACGUAGGAGAUGUAGUUUCUGCAGGUGAUGAUGAACAAAAUGUUACUGAUGCAGCCACAGAAGCUCCAACUGAACCUGAAGUUACUGCAGUAGAUGACGCAGUAUCACCAGCAUCAGCGGAAGCAACUGAUGCCACAAUUGAAGUCGCUGCUCCAGUAGAAGUAAGUGACACAUCAGAACAAUCUGCAGGCGAUGAUGACGAACAAAAUGUAACUGAAGCAGCCACAGAAGCUCCAACUGAACCUGAAGUUACUGUAGUGGAUGGGGGAGUAUCACCAGCCUCAGCGGAAGUAACUGAUGCCACUGUUGAAGUCGCUGCUCCAGUAGAAGUAAGUGACACAUCAGAACAACCUGCAGGUGAUGAUGAUGAACAAAAUGUUACUGAUGCAGCCACAGAAGCUCCAACUGAACCUGAAGUUACUGUAGUGGAUGAUGCAGUAUCACCAGCCUCAGCGGAAGUAACUGAUGCCACUGUUGAAGUCGCUGCUCCAGUAGAAGUAAGUGACACAUCAGAACAACCUGCAGGUGAUGAUGAUGAACAAAAUGUUACUGAUGCAGCCACAGAAGCUCCAACUGAACCUGAAGUUACUGUAGUGGAUGGAGGAGUAUCACCAGCCUCAGCGGAAGCAACUGAUGCCACAGUUGAAGUCGCUGCUCCAGUAGAAGUAGUGCACACAGAACAACCUGCAGGUGAUGAUGAUGAACAAAAUGUUACUGAUGCAGCCACAGAAGCUCCAACUGAACCUGAAGUUACUGUAGUGGAUGACGCAAUAUCACCAGCCUCAGCGGAAGCAACUGAUGCCACAGUUGAAGUCGCUGCUCCAGUAGAAGUAAGUGACACAUCAGAACAACCUGCAGGUGAUGAUGAUGAACAAAAUGUAACUGACGCAGCCACAGAAGCUUCAGCUGAACCUCAAGUUACUGUAGUGGAUGGGGCAGUAUCACCAGCCUCAGCGGAAGCAACUGAUGCCAGUGAUGAUGAUGAACAAAAUGUAACUGACGCAGCCACAGAAGCUUCAGCUGAACCCGUUGUUACUGUAGUGGAUGGGGCAGUAUCACCAGCCUCAGCGGAAGCAACUGAUGCCACAGCUGAAGUCGCUGCUCCAGUAGAAGUAAGUGACACAUCAGAACAACCUGCAGGGGAUGAUGAUGAACAAAAUGUAACUGAUGCAGCCACAGAAGCCUCAAAUGAACCCGAAGUUACUGUAGUAGAUAACGCAGUAUCACCAGUAUCAGCAGAAGUAACUGAUGUCACAUCACCUCCAGUUGAAGUUGUAACAGAGCAAUCUCUAGCAGAUGAUGAUGAGACAAAUAUUACAGAAGCUCCUACACCUGCGAAUGACGAAUUAGCCGCAAGUGAUGAUGAAGCUGCGUUAGGUGAAAAUGACCUGGCAAGCGAACCUAUAACUGAUAAUAAGGCUAACUCAGAUGAUGAUUAG